AUGUCUCUUUCGGCCCUUCGGGUGUCGCUGGGAACAUCCCGGCAAGUUUUGAAAUUCGCCCAGACCACUGCUCCUCCUCUCGUCCUUGUUGUCUUCCUCGUCGCCUUCGUUACCCGUGGCAUUCUAACUGCUCCGCCAAGUGAUGAUGUUGAAGUACACGCAAAAUCUGGCCCCGGUGGCCGGCCAUUACCCAAACGGAGGCAAUCUUCGCAGCAGGUCAAGGAAGCUGCCAAAGUCCACGACUUCUCACCCAACGUUAAGCUGCUCUUCAACUGGCUUGGACUACUCGCCCUGAUGACUUUUGCCAUCAAUGCUAUCCUUGUCGUUCUUCAGACCAUAAUAUAUUUCCGCGAGAAAUGGUGGCCGGGACAGGCAGCUGUGAUCUAUGUUGCGGCAUCCUUCUUUGUCUGGGGCAUUGUAUUGGUUUCUCAAAUUGACAGUAAACCAUCUCCUACGGUGGCUCAUUUUCUAGCCUGGCUCGUUUCUCUUCCUUUGGAACUCAUCAUGCUUGGCGCAACUCUUUCCGUGGACACAGUUCAACAUCAUGAACCUAUGAUUGGGGAUCCGGAAGGAGGCAAAUUACGGAAUACCAUUACUCCUUGGGAGAUAGUUGAGGUUCUUGUCAAUUUCGCAAGGGUCGCUCUUUUCUUAAGUCUGGCCCUCCUGUUUCUCGUCGUCAGUAUAUCUAGACGCUAUGGUGCGAAGACGCAACCGGGAACUCCGGAAGAUCUGGAAGAUGAGACGCCAUUGCUUGUUGGCGAGGCAAAUGGUCAUCCGAAAGGUCAUGCAGACAGACGUGCUUACGGCACUGCUGAUCGGAAGACGGCGUCGGAGCCCAAGGAGCGGACCGAUGCCUGGGCCAAACCGAAGGACACGCCCAAUGUAAAUUGGUAUCAAUACUUGAGAGGAUACAUGGUGCUCGCUCCGUAUCUGUGGCCUGCCAAAUCAAGAAAAUUGCAAAUGAUUGCAUUGAGCUGCUUUACUAUAAUGAUUGCCCAACGCGUCAUCAACGUGUUUGUGCCGAUCCUGGUAGGAAAGAUUACCGAUGCUCUGGUUGGUGGGCCAGAGAAGCAGGUCAAAACUCCUUGGCUUCUAAUAGGAUUGUAUAUUCUCUGCCGCUGGCUGCAAGGAGGACAAGGCCUGCUCGCCGUUGCUCGAUCAAUACUCUGGAUCCCCGUGGAACAAUACUCCUAUCGCGCAAUUUCAAAUGCUGCCUUUCAGCACGUUCAUGGAUUAUCAGCAGAAUUUCACACGGGCAAGCGAACAGGCGAGCUUAUCUCGGCAUUGAACAAAGGCAGUUCUAUCAACAGCUUUCUCUCCUACGUCACUUUCUCUGUGGGGCCAAUGAUCUUCGAUCUCAUUGUGGCAGUUGUCUUUCUUGCCAUCACGUUCGACGUUUAUGUGGGUCUGGUGGUUGCAAUCGUCACGUUCCUGUACAUCUACGUCACCAUUCGUCUUGCGCAGUGGAGAGUAGCUCUGCGUAGGGACACCGUGAACGCUGACCGAGAGGUGGAGGCUGUCAAGAACGACUCGUUACACUCUUGGGACACCGUCAAAUACUUCAAUGCCGAAGAGUACGAGUUCAAUCGAUACCGCACCUCGAUCUUGACCAUGCAGAGGUUUGCUUAUUGGCUGGAAGUGACAUUGGGACUGAUGAAUACAGCACAGGGAUUUGUGUUUAUGCUUGGUCUCAUGGUCGCCUGCUUCAUUGAGGCUUAUCGUGUAGCUCAAGGCUAUCAGUCCGUCGGCAAAUUUUCCAUGCUGCUCUUUUACAUGGCCCAGCUUCAAGCUCCCCUCAACUUCUUUGGCACAUUCUACCGAGCUAUUCAGACCUCUCUGAUCAACGCCGAGCGCAUGCUCGAGUUAUUCAAGGAGCAGCCAACCGUGGUUGACGCUCCCAAUGUCCAAGAACUGAAAGAGUGCUAUGGCGAGGUCAUCUUUGACAAUGUUAGCUUUGCUUAUGACCAGCGCAAACCCGCGCUGAACAAUCUUAGCUUCCGUUGCAAGCCCGGCACGACCACUGCUCUUGUUGGAGAAUCAGGAGGUGGCAAAACUACCUGCUUCCGCAUGCUGUUCCGUUACUACAAUCCAAGUUCCGGACGCAUUCUCGUUGACGGCAAAGACGUACAAGAACUCACCAUCGACUCUUUCCGCAAGUUCGUGGGCGUGGUGCCGCAGGACUGCAACAUGUUCAAUGAGUCGAUCAUGUACAAUUUGAAAUAUGCAAAUCAAUCAGCGACCGAUGAUCAGGUCUACGCCGCAUGCAGGGCCGCCUCGAUCCAUGACAGAAUCCUGGCAUUUCCCGAUGGAUAUGACACUAAGGUGGGAGAACGUGGAGUCAGACUCUCUGGCGGAGAGCGUCAACGCGUUGCCAUCGCCCGGACAAUUCUUAAGAAUCCUAGAAUAAUCCUCCUGGACGAAGCCACAGCCGCUCUGGACACUGAAACCGAAGAGAAAAUCCAAGCGGCGUUCGGGACCAUCUCGACCGGUCGCACCACCAUUGUCAUUGCACACCGUCUCAGCACAAUCACUGAAGCAGAUCAGAUCCUCGUCCUCUCUGAAGGGUCAGUAGUGGAGGAAGGUACUCAUCAGGAACUCAUCGAGAAGAGUGGCAGGUAUGCUUCGAUGUGGCGGAAGCAGAUCCGAGCUCAAAGAGCCGCGGUCGAGGCAGAAGAGUUGCGGCAAAGGGCGCAAAAAGCGCUUGCUGAUGCUGAAGUGGACUCGACGAGCCAUAGCGAGGAAGAAGGAUCAUCAUCUUCGGAUGGCAGUCCAACGGAGGCCGGGCAGAGGAAGGAAAAACGAGUCGCUUUCCCAGCGCCAUAA